AUGAUAUGUUCACUACUUAUCAUGACGAUUAUUUUUAUUAAUGGCAUAGAAAACACAAAACAAAAGGUCAAACAUUUAGAUUCCGUUUGGAAAGAAGAUGAAAUAGAUGCAAAAACAAAAGCUUGGCUCCUUAUGGUCGAAUCUGGUAAAGUGGACGAAGAAGAACUACGAAGGAUAACUCCAAAAUCUAUUUUUAUUGCUCCAUUAUUGACGAGUCGUACGGAAAAAUGUCAAGAAGAAUCUUCUAGCGGACCUUUACAGUUUUCUAUUCCAAUAUUAAACGAAGAUGAAAAAGAUGUUAAACCAAUGAGCGAAGAAAUAAAUACGGAAUCAUCACCACCUCCACCACCACCACCACCGCCAACAUUAAACGAAACCGUUUUCGUACCGGAAAAUCCUCUGGAAUUAAUUCCAGUACCUUUGCCGAUAAUCAUGUUAAAUAGAACGAUGGAGAAAAAUGAUAAUCGCACGGAAGAUUUAGAAUUUUCAGGUGCAGGGCCUUUAAACGAUACCGAACCAUUUAUAACGACAGAUUUUACAGAAACCUAUGAUGUAUCAUCGGGAGAUUAUUUACCAGAAGAUGAAAGCACCACCACCACCGCCACCGCCGCCACCACGACGAUCGGCGGUUUAUUUUUAGAAGAUACGGAUUAG